AAGCAUAUAAAGACCCGUAACACAGAAGUUAAUGUUUUGUUUUGUCUAAAAUAGACCAAGUGGGUGGUACCUUCUGGAGUUCGAGUAUGCUCUGCCACGUGACGUGGAGAUGACCAAUCAGGUGCAUCUCCAGGUUUAACUACGUUAAAUGUCAGAUUGCAAUAAACUAGAAGCUGUUGGUCAGGCCCGCGGAAAUGGGCGAGCAUAAUCUUCUUAAUCCAGGGUUUGUGGGACCUUUGGUAAACAUCCACACUGGCGAUACGUUUUACUUCCCGAAUUUUAGAGCCUCAGGAGGACAACUGGCGGGGCUACCGUCUCUCUCGUACCCAAGAAGGGACAAUGUGUGCUCCCUCCCGUGGAAUCCAUCGGAGUCGUGCAAUGGAUAUCCUCAAUCCUAUUUCGGCAGCCCUCUGUCCAUUAAUCCGUCUUUCAACCGAUCUUGUGCUGAAACAGCCCGCCAGGAGGAGAAAUGUUAUUAUGGCGGCAACGGCGGAAACAGAGAGGCUUGCUCGGAGGGCACAGUCAGCUUAAAGCGAGAAGAGAGAACAAGGGAGACAUCAGUAUCAGAUCACGGGGUGCACAAUGGGAUGGGCAACAGUAAUACCUUCACCAAGUAUGACUAUGGCACCGAACAUCUGACCCCAAACCCGUCGUCCUGUCAGUCUCUCGAAUCAGAUUCCAGCUCCUCGGUGCUCAACGAUGGAGGAAAAAGCUCGAUAAACGAUACACAGACCCUGAUAUCUUCGGCAAAUCACACGAGCAAUAUCUCAGCAGGAGGAGGUGCCCCGUGGUAUCCGAUGCACACCCGGACUCGCAAGAAACGAAAACCCUAUUCUAAACUACAACUGGCCGAGCUGGAGGGCGAGUUCAUGCUAAACGAAUUCAUCACUCGACAACGGCGUAGGGAGUUGUCAGAUCGGCUCAACCUCAGUGACCAACAGGUUAAAAUCUGGUUUCAGAAUCGAAGAAUGAAGAAGAAGAGACUUUUGCUGAGGGAACAGGCCUUGACCUUUUUUUAAGCAGUCGUUUCAAAGUAGCACCAUACCAAUCAACCACUGUGGGUAAUAUUAACAACACAACGCAGUAUUCUUUUCAAUAGUCUUUAUUUGAAUGGUUCAACAUUUAUGCAUUUGCACGCAAUAGCAAAAUGCAUAAGGAAGCAGAAAUCAUUUCAGGGACACGCGACCAAAUGUUAGCAAGAAAAAAAAAAUCUGUUGAUAUCCCAAUUUCUAUUGUAAUAUAUGUAUUAAAGUGAAUGCAGUGUUUCUGGUGUUGUGUAGAGAAAAUAAUGUAUAUAAACUUGCGUCAUUUGAAGACGUGCCCUUGACCACUUUCCCUCUCCACAUCGAACUGCAAUAUAAUGCAAGUUAUAUCAAAUAUUUACUUAAAGUUAAGCUGUGAGAUAUUCAAGCAAAGCGAACGUAUAUGUAUGUAUUAACUGACCAUUAAAACAUGCUUUGUAAGAUGAA